AAUAAUCCUAAUUAAGACUCGGUCUAUCUCUGAGCAAAAGCUAGCAAGCUUAGCAAGAAUGAGGUUGUUGAGAGCCAUUUUUGUUUGGUGUAACUUGUUUGGAGUGUUUGAGUUAUCAUUUGGAGCAAAAGAAAGAAACUACGAGUUCGAUGUUGAAUACAUAUACAAAAAACCAGAUUGCUUAGAGCAUGUUGUGAUGGGAAUCAAUGGUCAGUUUCCUGGCCCAACUAUUAGAGCUGAAGUUGGUGACACCCUUGUCAUUAAUGUCACCAACAAGCUUUCUACUGAAGGAACUGUUAUUCACUGGCAUGGAAUCAGACAGCGUGGAACUCCUUGGGCUGAUGGAACUGCUGCAAUAUCUCAGUGUGCUAUAAAUCCAGGAGAAACUUUUCAAUACAAAUUCGAAGUUGACAAGAGUGGUACAUAUUUCUAUCAUGGACACUAUGGUAUGCAAAGAGCAGCAGGGUUGUAUGGUUCUCUAAUAGUGGAUUUACCAAAGAGCCAAAGAGAGCCAUUUCAUUACGAUGGUGAGUUCAAUCUGCUCCUUAGUGAUCUGUGGCACACAAGUUCACAUGAACAAGAGGUUGGCCUCUCUUCUGCCCCAAUGAGAUGGAUUGGUGAACCACAGACACUGCUCAUCAAUGGACGAGGACAAUUCAAUUGUUCCCUAGCAGCUAAAUUUGUGAACACCACCCUACCCCAAUGUAAUUUUAAAGGAGAUGAAGAAUGUGCACCAGAGAUUCUUCAAGUGAAGCCAAAAAAGACCUACAGAAUAAGGAUUGCGAGUACAACAUCAUUAGCUUCUCUCAACUUGGCCAUUUCAAAUCACAAACUACUUGUAGUAGAAGCUGAUGGAAACUACGUGCACCCAUUUGCAGUUGAUGACAUAGACAUAUACUCAGGUGAAACCUACUCAGUACUCAUUAAAACAAACCAAAACCCCACAAAAAACUACUGGAUUGCAAUCGGUGUUAGAGGUAGAAAACCUAACACACCACAAGCCCUAACAAUCCUUAACUACAAAACAAUCUCUGCAUCAAUCGGUGUUAGAGGUAGAAAACCAAACACGCCACAAGGUUUAACAAACAAAACAAACUCUGUCUUUUCUUUUAUCCCAAACUCACCACCACCAAUCACUCCAUUAUGGAAUGAUACCAAACAUAGCAAAGCAUUCACAAAACAAAUCAUUUCCAAAAUGGGAACUCCACAGCCACCAAAAUUCUCACACCGCAGGAUUCUACUCCUCAACACACAAAACCGAAUCGGCAGUUUCACAAAAUGGGCUAUUAACAAUGUUUCAUUAACAUUACCAACAACACCUUACUUAGGAGCAAUCAAAUAUAAACUAAACAAUACAUUUGAUAAAAAUCCACCACCAGAGACAUUUCCAAAGGAUUACGACAUAUUUAAAAAUCCAGUUAAUCCAAAUACAACUACCGGUAACGGUGUUUACAUGUUUAAUAAAGAUGAGAUUGUUGAUGUGAUACUACAGAAUGCAAACCAGUUACAUGGGAAUGGUAGUGAAAUUCAUCCAUGGCAUUUGCAUGGACAUGAUUUUUGGGUUUUGGGAUAUGGAGAAGGGAAAUUCAAACCACUUGAUGCGAAAAGUUUCAAUUUGACACGCGCACCUUUGAGGAACACCGUGGUUGUAUUUCCGUAUGGUUGGACUGCAUUAAGGUUUAAGGCAGAUAACCCUGGUGUUUGGGCAUUUCAUUGUCACAUUGAACCACAUUUGCAUAUGGGAAUGGGUGUUAUUUUUGCUGAAGGUGUUCAUAAAAUUAGGAAAGUACCUACAGAAGCUCUUACUUGUGGUGCUACAGCCAAGAUGCUCCUAAAUGAUACCCUUCAUUGAGACUAGUUACUCAUGUCAAACCUUAAUUUCCUAAGAGUGAUUUUCUUUCUUUCUACUCUAAGUUAUCAUCAAUUUAUGGGUGGUUUUGUUGAGUUAUUGUUAUCCAUUGUUUCUCUAGUAUUAUUAGGCCAUUUAUCCAACUCCCCUUGUGAAUAAUAUAUAGGGGUGUUUAUUUUUGUUGCAAAUUUGUGUAACAUAUUCAUUUAUGAGAAAGAUGUGGUGUAAAGGAUUAAUCAAGAAAGAGUAAAAUUGGUAACUGUUUUAUAGUUUGUUAGUUACAGAGUUAAAAGCUUGUCUAACAAGUUAUUUGUACAAAUGAUUUCUGAUAGUAUAAAAGGUUGUAACUUGUAAUAUUCAUUUUUAUUCACUUUAUGAGAAUAAUAGAUUUA